AGCCACAACGCCCGCUUAUCUUGCUAUCAUACGCUCCUCUGCUGCAACAAUACACUCCCCAACUGCUGCUACCGAAGCUCUCCCAAGGAAGAAGGCCUCUGCAACUUUCUUUUCCUUCUCUCAUUCUGCAAUUUCUGAAAAAGCAUGGAGACCGGCAUCACGUCCUACUCACGUGGGACUUUCGUCCCAAACAUGGCUUCUCAUCGCUCCACUGCAGUGGCUCCUUCAUCUUCCAUUUCUCCUUUCCUCAGCACUCGGGUAUUGAAAUAUAGUUUGAAAUCGAGCUCCCUCUUUGGAGAAUCAUUGCGGGUGAUGUCAAAAUCAUUGCCAAAGAGCUUGAAGACGAAGGGUUCUUCGGUGCCAGUCACCAGAUGUGAGAUCGGUGACAGCUUGGAAGAGUUCCUGACAAAGGCGACGCCAGACAAGAAUCUGAUUAGGAUUCUGGUAUGCAUGGGAGAAGCACUGAGGACCAUCUCCUUCAAAGUGAAGACUGCCUCGUGUGGAGGAACUGCGUGCGUGAAUUCAUUCGGAGAUGAACAGCUCGCAGUCGACAUGGUUGCGGACAAGCUCCUUUUCGAGGCCUUGAGGUAUUCGCAUGUGUGCAAGUAUGCUUGCUCGGAGGAAGUGCCCGAGCUUCAAGACAUGGGUGGCCCAGUGGAAGGUGGAUUUAGUGUUGCCUUUGAUCCUCUUGACGGCUCUAGCAUUGUGGACACGAAUUUCACCGUUGGUACCAUCUUCGGUGUUUGGCCUGGGAAUAAGCUGACGGGCAUAACAGGAAGAGAUCAAGUGGCCGCUGCGAUGGGGAUCUACGGUCCUCGUACCACCUACAUUAUUGCUCUGAAAGACGCCCCGGGGACCCAUGAAUUCCUUCUUCUGGACGAAGGAAAAUGGCAGCAUGUCAAAGAUACCUAUGAAAUUGGUGAAGGGAAGCUAUUUUCACCAGGAAAUCUAAGGGCUACAUUUGAUAACCCUGAGUAUGAUAAGCUGAUCAAGUACUAUGUUAGAGAGAAAUACACAUUGCGGUACACCGGAGGAAUGGUCCCGGACGUCAACCAGAUCAUAGUGAAAGAGAAGGGUAUCUUCACAAAUGUCACGUCCCCAUCAGCAAAGGCUAAGCUGAGGCUGUUGUUUGAGGUGGCCCCCUUGGGGUUCUUGAUCGAGAAAGCCGGAGGCUACAGCAGCGACGGGACCAAAUCGGUGCUCGACAAGGUGAUUGUCAAUCUCGAUGAUCGGACCCAAGUCGCCUACGGAUCAAAGAAUGAGAUCAUCCGAUUCGAAGAGACCUUGUAUGGCUCCUCUAGGCUCAAAGGUGCACCAGUCGGGGUUGCUGCCUAAGCUACAUUGCUUUGUUUCCAAUGCAUUUUGUGGCCCACUUCAAGCUAUUUUUUUAAAGAUUGUAUGGUUGUCCACUUCUAAGUGUCCCCACAUAUGAUAGAUUUCAUCUAUAUAGUGUUGGUCAAGGAAGGUAUGGAAGGGUUAUAUGUUUUUUAUUUUUAUCCCCGGAAGUUUGUAUUAAUACAUGAUGUUUCUAACUCAUCUAUAGAUCCAUCAUGAUCUUUUAAAGAACUGCUUUUCAUUGAA